AUGGCUGCCUACAUGGACAGAGACACUGGGCAUGAGGGAAUUUCUACCAGUACUUUCUAUGGUACAAGAAAGAGAGAGGUGGCAUCUGUUGUGUUGCCACCUGAUGGUUCAUCUGAUUCAGAUGAAGAUGAGGGAACCAGUGAAGAUGAGGAAGAUGAAUUGUAUACAGAGGGCCAGUGUCAGGACUGCAGCAGCAGCAGCAGUGACGAUGAGGCAGAAGAGGGAGCAAACCACAGUAAAAGAGGGAGGAUGUUCAGGUGGAGAAAAACUAAAUUUGAGCACCAGUCUACUGCUACACCAAGUUGCUUCACUACACCAGAUGAGCUAUCCACGCCAUUAACAUACUUCUCCAAAUUCUUUGAUGAGGACAUCUUUGGGACCAUUGCUCACCAGACGAACUUGUAUUCAUGUCAGCUCAUUGGAAACAAAGAGUUUGGGUUAUGUGGAAAUGUGGUUCUGCAGCUGUGCAGAACCAUCAGAAAUCCCUCCAACUGCGUUGUCUACUUUGACAACUUUUUCACAUCCCUGAGAUUGAUAACUCAUCUAAAGGAGUCUAUGGGCCUCAGAAGUUUGGGUACCAUUCGAAAGAACCGCUUGAUGGGUUGCACAUUGGAAGAAGAUCGAGACCUCCUACGAAGAGGAAGAGGCAGCUUUGACUUUCGUGUAGACAACGAUGCAAAGCUUGCUAUGGUCAAAUGGGCAGACAACAAAACUGUCACCUUGGUGAGCUCCUGUGCUUCUGUCAGCCCAGUUGGCCAAGUGAGACGCUACUCCAAAGAGGAAAAGAAGAAGAUAAGCGUGCCAUGCCCGAAGAUUGUAUCUGAGUACAACACUCACAUGGGAGGAGUAGAUUUGGCUGAUAUGAUGAUUGCCCUCUAUCGCACUCCAGCCAAGUCACAUCGAUGGUACCUGGCCAUAUUUUGGCAGAUGGUUGACAUUGCUGUCAAUAAUGCCUGGCUUCUCCAUCGUCGUGAUGCAGCCCAACUGGGUCAGAAACAUCAUUGCCUGAAGGUCUUUAGGUUGGAUGUUGCCAAAGGACUCAUCUACCCUGAAAAGCAAAAAAGGGGUCGCCCCUCCAAAGGAAACGAAGACAACACACCACCAAGAGUAAUCAAACAGCCAAAAGUCCCCAGGCCUGUAGAUGAUAUGAUAUAUGACAGGAUUGACCACUUCCCUAUCAUGUCAGUGAAAGGCCGAUGCAGGAUGUGCCAGGAUGGACAGACCUCCAUCGUGUGUCAGAAGUGCAAAGUGAGGCUUUGUAUUGUCACAGGCUAA